AUGACCCCGGAGUGGAUAUGGCUGCUGGCUUCAGGGCUGCCUGCAGCCCAGACAGAGGUAUGGGAGCUGCUCUUCAACAGUCGGCUUCAUGGUGGCAGCUUCAACACAUUCAUGGGAAAAGCUGCAGAAAAAGGACCGACACUGACUUUGAUCAGGGACAAGAAGGGGCACCUGUUUGGAGGGUAUGCGGCAGAUGCAUGGUCAAAGCAUGGUGUCUUCUAUGGCAGCUCACUGUCCUUCAUUUUUGGGCUGCUGCCCAAAACGGUGAAAUUCACCGCCACUGGAGCGAAUGCAAACAUGCUGUGGUGCGGCCAAGGCUUCACUCAAAUACCCAACGGCUUGGGAUGGGGUGGACAGGUCGGCUAUUAUGGCCUCUCCAUUGACAGCUCCUUUGAGAAGGGCAUGAGUCGGCCUUCAGCAACCUUCAGCAAUUUCUGCCUUGCUGCUGAUGAGGUGUUUGAGGUGGAUACAGUGGAAUGCUGGUUGCUGCAGCAGCCAGAAGAGGAGGAGGUAGCAGCUACUGGCAACUCGAGUGUGCUGGACCGCUUCAAGGAGGACCGGCACCUCAUGGACUUGGCUGGACGGAGCACGCAGGCAAGUGCCGGCGUCCGGGAAGCCCGGCCAGAAGAUGACUUGUAG